AUGGCAGGCACCUCACGAACAAUAUGGUCCUACGCGUCCCGUAUCGCCUCCACUUCGACCGCACCUUCCUCCACUACAUGCCUCGCAGCAAGCCAUGGCACUCCUCUCCACCCAAUCACGCGUCGCACACCGCGUCGAUUCGUUUCCUCCUCGUCGACGGCCACGUCCGACGGCACAACACCUCCCACACCCUCUUCCCCUCCCUCGCAGCGCAAGACAAGACCUGGUCCACCUUCAAAGUCGUCGCCCGUGUCUUCGACCUCGACACCGAGGGGAGAGGCGCACGGCUCGUUGCAUCCGAGGGAUCGCGCACGAUUCGCUAAACCGAGCACGCCUUCGGAGGUAACGACUUCUUCGACAAUCGAGGCUUCGACAUCGGCGGUACAGGAAGGUAGUGAGCCGGCUACGGUGGAAGAACCUGUGGCGUCUACGUCGACUUCGACACCGAACGCUUCAAAGGCCAUACCAGCUUCGGACACGUCGGGAACUCCACCGACCCACUCCUCAACCUGCAUGGUUAUCUCCCCAAACUCUUCCUCGGACUCCUCAUCCUUCCCACCCCCUCCUCCACCACACCAACCCAUCCCCGUCCCUCGGAUCCCUUUCUCGACCCACCGUUUCGUUCGUCAGUUGGAACACAACUCCAUCAACAAGGCCCUCGCGAUCGACUUGAUGCGAGCGACCAAAGAAUUGUUGCUCGUCAAGGAGGAACAGGCGAUGAAGGACUUGGUCGGCAAACAAGAACUGGAGAACGUACGUGAUUUUAUCGUCGUUCAAAAUCUUCACUGAGAACAUUCACUGAGCAAUCGUUGCGUUCGGCAUGCAUAGGAAGCCUACCUCUUCACCGCCGCAUUGCAGGAACUCAAGACGGGGUCGCAGAUCAAGUCGAGGAACGAUGGGAUCGCGCUUAGGUCCAUGACGGCCGUGUUGCAGAGGGAAACGGAUGCGAUCUCGCAAAAGAUGAAGGAGGAUAUGCAAAGGCUGCAGAGUGAUAUUCAGGUCGGUUCUGUUUCCUUGGCACACACCGAUCCUAGUGCUGGCGAAUGACUUUUUCUACGAGUUGGACCGUAGCUCGAUAUGAAUUCGCGAAAGGAAGAGACGAGCGGCGAGUUGAAGCAGUUGGACGUCAGCAUCAUGGUGCGUAGCCAUGCAGGACCGAAAGAGGUUACCAUCGGUGCAUGCGCUGACCCUUCAUCGAGAACGCCGACUCAUUUCGUACAGGACUUGAACAGUAAAUUCACGAUCCUCUUGGGGGAAGUGCGAACGGAGAUUGAGGCGACAAAGUGGAUCUCGACGAGACGAGUCAUGAGUACGUACACACUUCUGGACUGCGGUCUCACCCAGGUUGUAAGUCGUCUUGGUACUGAACCGGUCCCUUGUACUACCACAGCCGCCAUCGUCGUCGUUGUCGUCUGCGUCGUAGCCUACAUUUCCGCCGGACCCUCAUCCCCAACACCCAAGAUUGAACCACCUCCACCUCCGUCAAUCGAGGAAUUGGGGCUUUCGGAUAGGGCAGGGGAGGAAGCCGAGGUCACACCCCCGGGUGGAUGGAGUUUCUGGGGUUCGGCACCGGCGACGGCGACGGCGGAUAAGGGGGUCAAGAGGGUUGGGGAGGAGGGGACGGAGGGGGACAAGUAG